ACCUGUCAACAGCAAGAACAGGAGAGCCCUCCAGAUGUGUCUCCAGAGACAUUGCAAGCACUUGUCACGAUUCGCUCCUCACCGAACAACAGAAAUAGAGGGCCAGCAGAGCGUCUCCAGUGCCUAGCAGCACCGGGAGGAAGGUAGGGGAACUUUACUUUGCGGCCACGGAUGCACGAUACAGCACGGUAGCACUCAUGAGGAAGGCAAAUUGAGUGUUAUCGGCAUGAUAGGAACGCUCACUGGCAAAUACCGGACCAUUCCCACCCCUGAGAAUGUAUACGGUACCGCAGUACUCGUAGGGUAUCAGGAGAAGAGAUUCCAACUGCGCUCUGCCUAUUACGUACCGCAGCGCGGUACUCACCAUACCAAUUGUAUGAUAGUCCAGCCGAUAUAGCUAGCAAUCAACGGACUCAGCGAUGCGGUCGGGAACCCCAGGUCAAUGCCCACAGAGAUUAUAACUAGACUACAAAGCCCUCGACCAAGCUGUACGUUGUGUGCGCCAAAUCCUCUCCCCUACCCCUUCCUGUACGAGUGAACCAGAAGAACAAUACCACCGCCGCCCGAAACAUGCAUCUCAUGAUGCCAGACGAAACCUUCCGAGUCUUCACUUCCCUCCGUUACGACCCCCUCCUCUUAACCUGCCCCAUCAACACCACCUACUCGCACGACCCAUCCACCCCCUCCCCGUUCUACCUCCUCUCCCACCACCGCGACCGCAUGCUCUCCGCCACGGAGCACUCCGGCUGGUCGCCAUCCAUCGCAGCUCCCCUCAGCGACCUCUCCCUCGUGCACGAAACUUGCCUCUCGGCAGUGCGCUCCAACAACCCCUCGAAGAAGACGGGCGUUCGAGUCCGCCUCCUUCUCUCCCCGAGUGGAGAGCUGACCGCCGAAGCAGCGUCCACCCCGCAGGUCACCGACAUAACCCGCUUCUUCCCUUCCAGUCUACCAACGGAGGCACUUGCCGGGUGGGCCGUCGUGCUGGAUACCCUCCCGACAGAGAUUAGCAGCUUCACCCGUUUCAAGACCACCCAGCGGAAGAUGUACAAUGAUGCCAGGGUUCGGGGCGGGAUUGGCGCGUCUCCGGGGACGAGAGAGGUGCUCUUGUGGAAUGCGGAUGGGGAGGUCACGGAGGGGUCGGUGACGAAUGUUUAUUUUCAGCGCGGGGGGAGGUGGGUCACCCCGCCGCUGAGUAGCGGUGGACAAGCGGGCACUGUUAGGAGGUAUUUGCUGGAGAAGGAGAUGGUCGUGGAGGAGGUUGUGAAGCUGGAGGAGGUUGUGCUUGGGGAGACGGUCUUGUUGAGUAAUGGGAUUAGGGGGGUUUGGGGAGCUAAAGUUCUUGGAUAGGGUGUCCAUAUGCGGGCCGCAGGCCAUGGAGUGUGGGCCGGUUCAAGUGUGUUUUACCGUAGAUGAAAUCCCAUAGUAUCAUACCAUCG